GGGGUGGGGGCGGCGGCGGUGGCUGCGCGGCUGCUGAAGCCAUUAGCGCGGUGCUGCGGGCGAAGGCCGGGCUUGCAGCUCCCUCCCCCGCCGGAGCCCCGUCCCGGGGACGUCAUGGGAGGGAGGUAUAAAAUUUCAGCGGCGGGGCCGGGGCAGAGGCAGUGUGCGCGGGAGGGGCGGCGCGGCGCGGCGCGGUGCGGUGCGCGGCCGGGGCACGGCGGCCAGCGGAGACCGCGGGCGGCGCCGCUCCCGGCCGUGCGGGGAGCGCCGCGGUGCCGCGGAGCCGGGGUUGGGGCAGCGGGCGAUGUAGGGCGCGGGGCCCGGCGGGGGCAUGAAUGGUGCAGCGAGAGGGGCGGGCGCCGCGCUCCCCCCGCGGCGGCGGGGCGGCGCGGGCCGCUGACACGUGCGGCGGCGGCGCGGCGCGGCGGGGCGCCCCCGGCUCCGCGGGACGCGGGGCGGCGCAUGGGGAAGGAGCCCGGCGCGGCGAGGCACGGCGCCUGCCGCUUCUCCUUGCGGAGCGCUGCCAGCUCUUCCUGGAAGUCCUGAGUCGCGCACGGCGCAGUGAGUUCAUGCACCUCCUCGCCAAGCCUCAGCCUGCGGGAUCUGGGGAGGCUGCCGCCAGCACACCGCCCGGUCCCCCGCGCCCGCUCGCCGACUCCCGGAGGUCUCUCCCGGGGGCCUCCGCCGCCGCCGCCCCCUCGCACAUGAAGAUGUACGUGCAAAGGGCUCUGGUGCUGCUCUCCCUGCUGAGCUUCGCCACCGUGAGCCUCUCGCUGUCGUCCUGCACCACCUUGGACCUGGACCACAUCAAGAAAAAGAGGGUGGAAGCCAUCCGGGGGCAGAUCCUGAGCAAGCUGCGGCUCACCAGCCCCCCGGAGACCGUGGGGCCGGCCCAUGUGCCCUACCAGAUCCUGGCCCUCUAUAACAGCACCCGGGAGCUGCUGGAGGAGAUGGAGGAGGAGAAGGAGGAGAGCUGCUCUCAGGACAACACCGAGUCCGAAUACUAUGCCAAAGAGAUCCAUAAAUUUGACAUGAUCCAGGGCCUCCCCGAGCACAAUGAGUUGGGCAUUUGUCCAAAAGGUGUCACCUCCAAUGUGUUCCGCUUUAAUGUGUCCUCGGCAGAGAAGAACAGCACCAACUUGUUCCGGGCUGAGUUUCGAGUGCUGCGUGUCCCCAACCCGAGCUCCAAACGCAGCGAGCAGCGCAUUGAGCUCUUCCAGAUCCUUCGGCCGGAUGAGCACAUAGCAAAGCAGCGCUACCUCAGUGGCAGGAAUGUGCAGACACGGGGCUCCCCUGAGUGGCUAUCCUUCGAUGUCACCGAGACUGUGCGUGAGUGGCUUCUGCACAGAGAGUCCAACCUUGGCCUGGAAAUUAGCAUACACUGUCCUUGCCACACUUUUCAGCCCAACGGGGACAUCUUGGAGAAUUUGCAUGAGGUCUUGGAGAUCAAGUUCAAAGGCAUUGAUAGUGAGGAUGACUAUGGCCGUGGGGACUUGGGGCGUCUGAAGAAGCAGAAAGACUUGCAUAAUCCCCACCUCAUCCUGAUGAUGUUACCCCCACAUCGGCUGGAGAGCCCAGCGCUGGGAGGCCAGAGAAAGAAACGGGCCCUGGAUACCAACUACUGUUUCCGGAACCUGGAGGAGAACUGCUGCGUGCGUCCUCUGUACAUCGACUUCCGGCAGGACCUUGGCUGGAAAUGGGUCCACGAGCCUAAGGGCUACUUCGCUAACUUUUGUUCGGGCCCUUGUCCGUACCUCCGCAGUGCAGACACCACUCACAGCACGGUGCUGGGCUUAUACAACACGCUGAACCCUGAGGCAUCUGCUUCGCCCUGCUGCGUACCCCAGGACCUGGAGCCGCUCACUAUCUUGUACUAUGUUGGGAGGACCCCCAAAGUGGAGCAGCUCUCCAACAUGGUGGUGAAAUCCUGCAAGUGCAGCUGAAAGGCAUCCUGGCCCGCCCAAAGCCAAGAGAGAAACUGUCAGCACCUACUCUCCUGCUCCCAGGCCAACACAAAAGGAACUGCGGGGCAGAGACUACGCAUGCUGAGGGCCAAGUGCCAAACCCUGUGGCUUAUGGUCUGGCAGCCCUUGGGGAUCUCUUUUGGAACAUUUCUUGGUCUUGUUGGCAGUGUCAUGUUCCUUCUGGGAGUUACUUUGGUGACACGAAGGCCACACUAUUCAAAAUGGCUGGACAGUUGGUGCGGAAGAGAAGGAUAGGCUGGAGGAACUGCUGUGUUUAAAUGCUGGGUGGUUGAGCUGGGAAAGCGAGGGAAUGAGAAAGAGCAGAAGGAAUGGAAAUGGGGAGAUAUUUUCUCUUCUAGCUUUAGCUACCUUAGGACCUCAGCCCUCCCCACUGGCCUGAAGAAUUAAAGGUUUCCCCUGUAGGAGGAAACCCUGAAAGUUUCUUUAGAGAAAGAAAAUGCACCAAGAAGGGAAGCUGCUGAGAGAAGAAAUGCUCAGAGAUACACUUAGACUUUUGUUCCUCAGAGGUGUGAUCCAGGAGUCCUGCAACUGAAACUCUGUGUGCGUCUGCCAAACCUGUAAGUUCAGUUGGCAGAUCCUGGCUAUUCAUUUCUAAAUGCAAACUGCAAGGCUCCCAGCCAGCCUGCUGAGGGUGGGCAAAUACAAGGAAAGAGGGUGCUGAGUCCAUUUUCAGAGGGACUGAUGUCUCCAUUCAGCUCUUUUCCCUUCCUGGAGUUUCUGAGAGAUCAUUUCUGGGUUGGGGCAAGAGCAAUAUCUCUGGGUACCUGAAUAUUGGGCCCAUUCAUUUGUGAGCUGAUACACCCUGAGGACCUCCUGUCUGUUGUGGUUUGUGAGGUGCUUUGGGGUGUUCUGCAUGAUGACCUGAACGUGGCCCAGGCCUCACCUGCCAAGACUUAAAAAAUAGUAAUCUCAAAAACAUUGUAAAAAAUAAAUAUUUGAGGGGGGAGAUGCUCUUUUUUUCACAAGCAAGUUGUUUGUUGGAGGGUUAGAUGGUUUGCUGUUUUUAAACUGCUACUGCUGUGGCAUACUCAGUCAGUCUAAAGUCCUUCCCCUUUCCAAAAUGUCUCUUCAAAGGAACAGGCAGAAUUUAGGUCAGCCAGAGAGCCCCAGAAUGGAAAUUCCUUGGUACACUCAAACCGUGCCUGGUGUAUAUGUGCCCUGUCCCGCCCAUGUCCUUCAGACAUGUACAUCACCUCUGGCACCCGCUUUUGAUAGAUUUCAUAUGUAGCUCCCCUCAAAUGUAAAACACUUUCAGCAAUACUGUUUAAAUAACCAGGGCAGUACAGUUGCCACAGCUGACAAAUGUCCUAUGUCCAUUUGAAUAUAUAUGGUCGGCCAGUGCAGACUUGUACAGGCAGGUAAAUAACACACCCAUCCUCCCAGUUGACAGAGAACAUUGUAGAUGCUCAUAAAAAGCUCACAGAUGUUGCCCAGGCAAGAAUACUUUUUUAAAAGAAUGGUCUUUUUCAGACAUUUUUACCCAUUUUUACCCACGGGUAAAAAACUCCGGUGCUUGCAUGCCACAUGAGACUCAGAGGCUGCCUCUCUGACUCCAAACCACAACUACUUAAAGUCAUGUUCUAGGGAUCACAGAGGUUCCUCUCUGUCCCCUGGCCCCCAGCAACUAAGUGUAAAAUGACACCUAGCUGGUUAAUCGCUCAUGGCCAGGGCUGCCCAUGGGCAACUCAGAAUUCACCUCUUCCAUAAGCCCUUCACAAUAAUGGCUGCUUCCAUAUACCUCACAUGAGGCUGCCGUAACAUGUAAUCUCAAACAUUUUAAUAAACUAUAAACAACCCUUCCUGCACCAUCACCAGCAUGCUAGAGGUUAGAAAGGGUGGGUCAGCAGAGGGAGCCUGCCAACCUGGCUGGUGCACACAUGGUGUGACAGAGGCACUCCCCAGCACUUAGCUCUAUCCCUUUCAUCGCUCUGGGGCUCCUUGACCUGUCAUGGGUGUGAUGAUGAAAGGUGCAGCUCUGACCAGUCCUGCAGCACUACUGUAUUACUGUGACCUGGUGCAGCUCUCCAUGCCCAUGCUUCCCCCUCGCCUCCCCAAGGAGGGAGCAAAUAAAUACGUUAUGAUUACACUACCAUGCUGACAGGCCAGAAAUUUAGUGGCUGUAAUGGGGGUUGGGGGGGAAAUCCAGAUGCCAAUUGGCGUAGGAAUUCUCUCUAAUCUCCUUUUAGCAGCAGUCCCUGGGGAGGUUUUGGUUUACAAGCUGCAGCCUGUUCUUUGGUCAUUGCUCCUCCUGAGCCCUAGGCUGGCUCUGCUGCCCAUCCAAUUGAAGGGCUUCCUUGCUAGUAAAGGGGAAAAAAAAAAAACCAAAAAACAAAAAACUAAGAAGGGGGAGCUGCAAAGAGCUGAGCUAGAACACUUGCACAGCUCACAGUCCUACGUGGCACUUGGAGCACGUCAGAACCACCCACGGAUUAACCCUGGCAAGCCCCUUGAAGUGGGUCUGUCUUACUAGCCCCAGUUCACUGCUGCUCCUCAGUGGCAGGGAGGGGUGGCACAAGGGCCAAGCUGUUUAUCUCCUUGGAAAGGAGGCAAAAUGACAAUGCAGCAUCAGGGGACAAGAGUCUUGGGGCAUCCAGCCAGUAAGGACAAGGUAAUCUCAUAGAUACAGUAAUCCUUGAAGUCAAACGGACACAUUUCAGUUCUGCUUCUCUGUCCAGCCCUCUGUUUCCCUAGCAACAUUUGAGAAGUAGAUUUGUGAGACAGGAUCUGAAUUCAUUUUCUUACAAUUAAAAUAGCUUUUCUAAGAGUGUUUUAGCUAUAAUUCAGCAACAAACGAAACUAUCUACAUGGGGUUAAUAACACAUUGAAUACACUCCUGGGUGCAGGCUUACCAAAACGUUUCAGGACACUUGUGUGAGAAGGCAGAAGGCAGUUCUCUAUAUGCUCCGUUACUAGAUGGCAAAUUGAGGAAAACAAUGGGAAAGAAAAAGUGGGAUCUUCACUGCCAACACUGAAUACAGCUCCCAACAGUUCCCUUUUGUUGUCCCCAGGAACAAGCAAAAGCUGAUGAAAACAAUCCCAGCACACUGUCUAACAAAGAUCAAUGGUUAGAAAGAGUGAAAAAACCCCUAUUCUGCACUGCCAUAAGGCAGAUCCUACACAGAUGAUCAAACGACCGUCUGUGCAGUCCCUGCUUCUCUGUGACACACUCUAUUCCAGCAUGCAAGAGGCCUAGACCUGAACUUGAACACCUUGUUUUUCAGGCUGUAGUGCAUUAUAGAGCUCUGCAAGGAACACUGCUUCAGUACAUACAGGAACGUACAUUGGUAUUUCAGCAAACAGCCUUUGCAGGCUAAAUGAGUCUUUGUUCCCUGGUCUUUGGGUUGGACGGUCUCUAGCUAUCUCACUGCACUUACAAAAAGCAGUAGUACAUCCCCGUUACUACUGUGUGAACUGGGAUAUGCUGCAUUCUGUUUCACCUUUCCAUAACAACAGAUAUCAGUAUACACAGUAAACAAAGAUGAACCAUGUCCAAAAGUAAUAAAAGAUACAAAAGACAAACAUACCUGUCCGCUCCUCUG